AUGAAGUGCCGAUCCGUCGCGUGCAUAUGGUCAGGCACGCCUCCCUCUCACCGAGUCACAGCCGCUGCAGCGCUCAGCCACCCCCCGACGCUCUACACCGGCGGAUCCGAUGGCUCCAUCAUCUGGUGGAACCUCCAUUCUUCCGAUUCCAACUUGGAGAUUGUUCCAAUGGCUAUGUUGUGUGGCCAUGCUGCGCCCAUAGCCGACCUUGGCAUUUGUGAUCCACUUGUGGUUUCGGGGAGUGAAGGAAGAGACUCUUUAGGAGAUGGUGAUGGUGAUGGUGAGGUGAGCUCUAGCCCCCAUAGUCAUGGCGCGUUAAUCAGUGCGUGUGCUGAUGGCAUGUUGUGCGUGUGGAGCAGAAGCAGCGGGCAUUGCCGGCGCAGAAGGAAGUUGCCGCCUUGGGUUGGCAGUCCGUCCAUGGUUAGGACAUUGCCUUCGAAUCCACGGUAUGUAUGUAUUGCAUGCUGUUUUGUUGAUAGUGUGCAUUUGUUGGACCAUCAUUCCGUUGAAUCAAGUGAAGCGGGGGAGGUGUUGGGGGAUAGAGAGUCUCAGCAUAAGAAACCCCCCAAAUGCACUGUGGUUAUUGUUGACUCCUAUACGCUUAGCAUUGUCCAAACUGUUUUUCAUGGAAACUUGUCUAUUGGUUCAUUGAAGUUUAUGGAUGUGGUUUCAUUAACUGAGGAUCAGGAGAAGCAUGCUGUAGUUAUGGCAGAUUCAUUUGGUAGGCUACAGCUGGUUUCAAUACCAAAGAAUCCACACCAAGAUAAGGAGGGUGGCACUGGUUUGCAUCCAAGUUCUCAGUUGGAAAUGACUGUUUGUGCAGAGGGGUUAAGUGAGGGAGGAAAUGUAAUGUCAAUUGCAACUUGUGGGAAUGUUGUCGCUUUUGUGUUAAAAAGUCGCUGCAUAUUUAGACUAUUGCCUAGUGGCAAUACAAUAGGAGAGAUUUCUUCUGUGGAUGAUCUCCUUUGUGAAAAAAGUAAUUCUACUCAAUCACAUAUGGUAGGUGGUUUGUUUUUUGAAAUUGAAAAUGUUGGCAAUUUACCAAAUUCCCAAGAAUCUGAUGAAUAUUUUUCAAGAAACUUUGCUAUUUGGAAUAACAAAGGUCUUUCAGUUGUUUACUCGAUAUCAUAUUCUAAAGGUAUGUUUAAGUGUGAGUCACUCUGUGAGAUCCCUGCCGACACUCAUCCACUUGAUGUGAGACUAUCAAUUAGUUUCAUUCAAAUGGGCUAUUAUAUUCUUCGCAUUGAAUCACUUUGCUUUGAUGCUGAAGAACCUUUACAGUGGAAACCCCAUGUUACAAUCUGGUCUACAUGUCGGAAACAUGAUGACCAUGGGAAUUUGUGCCUAUGGUUUAAAUUGCAUGGCGUAGGCUGUUCUUUGGUAGACUGGACUGCAAAUUCUACCUCAAGUAAUGAAUCUGAGUGCCCAGGUGAUAUGGAGACCAAACUAACAUCUUCAAAAUCUUUUGUUUCAAGCUCAGGAAGUGUAAAUGGUUAUGAUAAUGACAAUCUUGGUUUAGUUAAUAAAAGAGGGGUUGUGUCUUCUUCCAUGGUUAUUUCUGAAACAUUCUUUGCUCCUUAUGCUGUUGUGUAUGGCUUCUUUACUGGAGAAAUAGAGAUUGUUCGAUUUGAUUUGUUUGAGGGCCUAUCUUCUCUUGGUGGGAGCUCACAUCAUGAGGUGAAGCCGCAAAUAUCUAGACAGUUCUUUUUAGGGCACACAGGUGCUGUUCUCUGUUUGGCAGCACAUAGGAUGGUGGGUAUUACCAAAGGGUGGAAUUUCAAUCAGGUUUUGGUGUCUGGAAGCAUGGAUUGCACAGUUCGCAUAUGGGAUCUUGACACUGGAAAUCUAAUCACUGUAAUGCACCAACAUGUGGGCCCAGUGCGCCAAAUAAUUCUUCCCCCAGCUCAUACCUACUGUCCUUGGAGUGAUUGUUUUCUCUCAGUUGGGGAGGACUCAUGUGUUGCACUAGCUUCUCUUGAGACUUUGCGAGUAGAGAGAAUUUUUCCUGGGCAUCCCAGCUAUCCUGCAAAAGUUGUAUGGGAUGGUGGAAGAGGUUAUAUUGCGUGCUUGUGCCGAAACCAUUCAGGAACAUCUGAUGCUGUUGAUAUUCUGUACAUUUGGGAUGUAAAGACAGGUGCUCGAGAGCGAGUCCUUCGAGGAACACCAUCUCAUUCAAUGUUUGACCAUUUCUGUAAAGGCAUCAGCAUGAAUUCCAUUUCUGGAAGUGUAUUGAAUGGGAAUACCUCAGUUUCCUCAUUACUUCUUCCAGUAAUUGAAGAUGGGAUCUCUACUCACUCUCAUCCGAAUAAUUCAGAAAAAUUGGGCACUUCAACAAAUUUGGUGCCUGGUACUAUGGUUGAGUCCAAUACUUCCAGAAUUAGUAAAGGUGAUUCUGAAAAACUAUUUCCAGCCCCUGCGGCGACCCUUCAAAGCAACAAGCAUCCAAUCAAGUCCUAUUGCCCUUUCCCUGGAAUUGCUGCUCUGAGUUUUGACCUUGCAUCAUUAGUGUUUCCUUAUCAGAAGCAUGACCUGAUAGCAAGUGGCAGUGAUAAUAAACAGGAUAACUAUGUGAAGGGACAGGGAUCUGAGACAUCAAGUCCCCACCACAAGCCUUUAGGUAAUGGACCUGGUGUGCAUAGGACCUCAAAUGCGAUUGUUGAAGAGAUUGAAUGGAUUAAGACGCUUGAAGAAUGUUUACUUCGAUUUAGCUUGGCAUCUUUACACUUGUGGAAUGUCGAUCCCGAGCUUGAUAACUUGCUUAUAACUGACAUGAAGUUGAAGAGACCCGAAAGCUUUAUUGUAGCUUCUGGUUUUCAAGGCGACAAAGGAUCUUUGACGUUGACAUUUCCUAAUUUGAGUGCAACUCUUGAGCUUUGGAGAAUGUCAUCAGAGUUUUGCGCAAUGAGGUCACUCACAAUGGUGUCUCUUGCCCAACGCAUGAUUAGCCUAUCACACACCAGUUCCAAUGCCAGCAGUGCUUUAGCAGCAUUUUAUACUAGGAACUUUGCAGACAAAAUUCCAGAUAUAAAACCACCCUUACUUCAGCUUCUGGUGAGUUUCUGGCAAGAUGAAAGCGAACAUGUACGUAUGGCUGCACGCUCUCUAUUCCACUGUGCUGCUUCACGGGCAAUUCCACUUCCACUAUGUAAUCAAAAAGCAAGUGGUCGCACAAAUCUGAGCUCCCUAAGCGGACUUGGAGAAAAUGAACCUGUAAAUUCAAACAUAGAAGAAACAUCUGCUAACAUUUUGCAUUCUGACCAGCUGGCCGAAACACAAAGGAUUUCUAAGGUUGAAGAAUUUAAUAUUCUUGCAUGGCUGCAAUCAUUUGAGAUGCAAGACUGGAUUUCUUGUGUUGGGGGGACAAGCCAAGAUGCGAUGACAUCUCAUAUUAUUGUUGCAGCAGCUUUGGCUAUUUGGUACCCAAGUCUUGUAAAGCCAUGUCUUGCCAUGCUUGUUGUUCAUCCAUUAAUGAAGCUGGUUAUGGCCAUGAAUGAGAAAUAUAGUUCAACUGCAGCAGAGCUCCUUGCUGAAGGUAUGGAGAGUACGUGGAAACAAUGCAUCAGUUCUGAAAUACCUCGUCUGAUUGGGGAUAUAUUUUUCCAGAUAGAGUGUGUAAGUGGUCCAUCUGUCAACUCGGCUGCACAAAGUUUAGCUGUACCGGUUGGCCUUCGGGAUAUAUUGGUUGAUGUUCUUCUUCCAAGUUUAGCUGUGGCUGAUGUCCCAGGGUUUUUAACUGUUAUGGAAAGCCAAAUCUGGUCUACUGCAUCUGAUUCACCUGUUCAUCUAGUAUCUCUUAUGACUCUGAUCAGGGUUGUGCGCAGUUCUCCAAGAUACUUGGCUCAAUACCUUGAUAAGGUAAUUGACUUCAUUUUACAAACUGUGGAUCCCAGCAACUCAGUCAUGCGUAAAACUUGCUUUCAAAGUUCAAUGACUGCAUUAAAGGAAGUUGUACGUGCAUUCCCCAUGGUAGCCCUGAAUGAUACAUGGACCAGAUUGGCUGUUGGGGAUGUCAUUGGAGAGAGAAACAAUGCUACCAUUCGGGUCUAUGACAUGCAAAGUGUUAUGAAGAUAAAAGUUUUGGAUGCAAGUGGACCUCCCGGACUUCCAAAUUUACUUGCAGCCGGUUCAGAAAUGAUGCUAGUUACUGCAAUUUCAGCUUUGAGCUUUUCCCCUGAUGGAGAGGGGCUGGUUGCUUUCUCUGAGCAUGGAUUGAUGAUCAGAUGGUGGUCACUGGGAUCUGUAUUUUGGGAGAAACUGAGUCGAAACUUAGUUCCUGUCCAGUGCACAAAAUUGAUCUUUGUUCCUCCUUGGGAGGGAUUCUCUCCUAAUUCUUCUAGGUCAAGCAUAAUGGCAAGCAUUAUGGGACACGAUAGGCAAAUCAAUAUUCAGGAAGGCACAAAGGGUUUGAGUCAGGCAGACAAUUUGAAACUGUUGAUUCAUAAUCUUGACCUCUCCUAUCGGCUAGAAUGGGUUGGUGAACGGAAAGUACUUCUUACGAGGCAUGGCCAUGAGUUGGGAACUUUCCCCUUGUGA